AUGAGUCUACGUGAACUCCCGAGGUCUUUCGAUAAGCUUCGCAGCUUGCAAUCGUUAAAUUUGGGAGAUACUGGUUUGAAGCAGUUGCCUGACAGCGUGCAAAGGUUGAUUGAGCUUAGACAUCUAGUAAUAACCAUUCAAGCUACGCAUUUGAAAGAAAUACGAGCAGGAUGUUGGACUUCUCUUCAAUACUUGGAAUUGAGGUACUGUAUGGAAUUAGAAUGUUUACCUGAAGGAAUGCAGUAUCUGAAGUCACUUCGGACACUUAUCCUGAGUUAUUGUCUUAGCCUUGUCUCAUUGCCACGGAGCCUGAAACUCCUAACCAAGUUAGAACACCUUGAAAUAGUUGGUUGCUUUCAAAUCAAUUUGAAAAUUGAACUAGAAGAGGAAGAAGACAAAGACCUUCAGUUGAGCCUUAAAACUCUCUCACUCCUCGGAUUACAUGCCUUAAGAGAUUUGCCACGAUUGCUUCUUCAAGGAUCUUCUUCCACUUUGCAGCAAUUACGAAUUGCGUUUUGUCCAGACUUGUCCGUUCUACCAGCAUGGCUACCGAAUCUCACUUCUCUUCAAAAACUUGAGAUUGAGCAUUGCGUUAAUUUGUGGGAUCUACCGGAGGGAAUAGACCGCCUCACCAACCUUAGAGAAUUGAGAAUUUACGGAUGUCCGGAGUUGAGCAAAAGAUACAGAGAAAAUGGGGGUGAAGAUUGGAACAAAAUUUCUCACAUCCAAAAGGUUGAUAUUUACGAAUGA